AUAGGAGCUUCCCUUGUAACUAACUCGCUUCCCUCCGAGAAAACUUCGAGAUAAUGGAGAAGAAAGGAAGUGGACUGGGAACUUGUUUCCCUUCCAAAUUUCUCCUCUCACUUCUUGUGUUUUCAAGCUUUCUUUGCACACCAGAAUGUGCAAAAUCGCCGGCAAUGUUCAUAUUCGGCGAUUCCCUUAUUGACAAUGGCAACAACAAUUUCCUACCGUCGCUUGCCAAGGCGAACUACGCACCCUACGGCAUUGAUUUUGGCCAGCCCAGCGGUCGUUUCUGCAACGGGCUCACUGUUGCAGAUUUCGGCUCUAAGCACCUAGGGUUACCCUACCCACCUCCAUACUUGAGUCUAGCUUCAAGAACUUCCAAGAUCUUGGAUGGUGUGAACUACGCUUCAGCUGCCGCGGGCAUUCUUGAAGACACUGGCAUAAACUAUGGAGCCAGGGUUACAUUCACGGGGCAGCUAAAUUUAUUUGAGAAGACGGUGAGGAAGGAUCUACCAAAUUUGAUACCAAACGCGGCAGCACUCGCUCGAUUCCUGGAAAGCUCAUUGUUCAUAGUUAAUAUAGGGAGCAAUGACUACAUUAACAACUACCUACUUCCUAAACUUUAUGCUACUAGCCGGAUUUACUCAGGCGAUGCCUUCGCCGAUCUUCUCAUCACCAACUUGUCUCAGCAACUCAUGAGAUUAUACAGCAUUGGAGCUCGAAAAAUAGUGGUAGUAGGACUUGGUCCACUUGGAUGCAUACCAAGCCAGCUCAACCAGCACAACAGCACAGAUGGGCGCUGCAUCGAGCGAGUCAAUAAGGUGGUCUCAGCAUUCAACCAGCGACUCCUUCCACUCACAGUCAAACUUAACAACAGCCUACCAGGAUCCUUCUUUGUCUACCAGAAUAUCUACGUCUCAUUCUAUGACUUGAUCCAAAAUUCUUCUAAAUAUGGGUUUAGUGUUAAUAACCAAGCUUGUUGUGGGAAUGGUAUGUAUGGGGGAGAAGUAAGCUGUCUGCCACUUCAAAGGCCAUGCAACACCAGAGACCAGUUUGUCUUCUGGGAUUCCUUCCAUCCGACACAAGCAGCUAAUGCUAUCAUGGCUGCCAGAAGCUAUGGUCCUGAGGCCGGCGACUGCUAUCCCAUAAGUAUAUACGAGUUGGCACAAAUAUAGGGAAUAGGGUUCUACAAGAAAUUAUAGGCAGAGGAGUGUAAUUUCUCAUUUCAUUGGUACUCUUGUAUAAUUUUGUAGACCAAAUAAUAUCAAAUAAUUUGGAGAUGAAAACUUAUGGGGCAAGAGAAAGAAGAUUGUCUGCUUCUUCAGAAAUUGAUUGUACUGGUCCAUGAAGAGGGUAGAGUGUUCAAGUAUGUCUCUGAUAAAUUUAAAGUAGAAUAAAACUCCAGAACAUAAAAUA